AAAUAAAAAAAAAGUCAUCGAGAAAAUGUGGCAACUCUGCAGUGUCUGUGUGAUUUUAAUUUGGUCAUUGUCGCAGUAGUCGCGGAAAAGGAGUACUCGGUCGGAGGCCAUUGCGUUGUCGAGACGACUGCCAUCGAUUGUGGAAAGGAAGAGAGCAAGCAAGACCAAAAGAAUGACAAAACGUAUCAGAAGGAAAGAAUAAAAAGAACAAAAUACAUCAGUGUCUGCUUUCCAAGCUUUUGGCAAUAGAAACACGAAAAAGACGGAUGAAAGCGUUUUAUUUUUUGGAUUUCACUCUUUAUGACAGAAACAGUAAAAACAGGAACAGGAAAAACUAGCUGAACAGGCGAUCUGACGAUUUUUAGUGACUGCAUGAGGUGGCUCGAAUAAUAUGCAUACCAAAGUGGUCUUAUUUUGACAGCUGGCAGAACAAAACUGCAAGUGGCAUUCGUGUGUUUGUGCAAUGUGUUAAAUUCCAACGCGAUUAUUUAACUCGACUUUAGCUGGUUUUUCCUGUUGAAAAUCAAUCCAAGAAGGUGUUAACUAAUUCGUAUGAUGUUCCUUUAACAGUUUUGCUGCAAUAUAUAGUAGAAAGUGGUGCUAAAAAGACUGGAUAGGAAGCACAUUUUUAUAAAACAACAAAAAUCCUCAAUACUUAAAACAGCAUAACCGCUAGUUCCACAAAAUGGCCUGUGCAACGCUAAAACGCUCGCUUGACUGGGAGAGUCUAAAUCAAAGACCAGCAAAGCGUCGGAGGUGCCAUCCAUUCAGCAGUCCCAGUAGCAGCAACGCCCAAAACAGCCCAUCAUCGACUGCAUCUUCUUCCUCCUCGGGCAAUGCAAUGCGUGUGAUGGAACCAAAACCUUCGCCAUUUGCUGACGCUGGUUGUUCAAAGCUAACCCCAGAAAAAAUGGCGCAAAACAUCACAGAAGAGAUCAAAAGACUGCACCGCCGAAAGCAGCUGACAUUCAACACGGGAAAUAUGGAGCGUAUGCAGGACUCCGAAUCCAGUGGCUCCGAAAUGGGCCCAGACAGUCCCCGCAGACCGGACAGCCCGCCGAGUAUGGUAAAAAAUCCGGAGAAGGCAUUAUUCACUUUCAAACAGGUACAAAUGAUCUGUGAACGUAUGCUGAAGGAAAGAGAGGAUUCUUUACGGGAACAGUAUGAUGCCGUUUUAACAACCAAGUUAGCCGAACAAUACGAUGCAUUUGUAAAAUUCACCUACGACCAAAUACAGAGACGCUACGAAGCGGCGCCAAGUUACCUCUCCUAAUCAUCUAGUUAUUUACUAUCUUAACUGCAGAAACACAAAAACAACGUAGAAUGCUAUGAAUCCAUGCAACACUACAACUGCAACACAAGAAAAUACAAAACACACACACACACGCAUCUAAAUGUUUGAAAAUUCUGAUACCUAUGUCUUACUGAAUAGAGCUCUUCAUUUAUUUGUACUAAAUUCUACUAUCUAUACAAUACCCAACGGUCUACCAAAAGAGGACAUAGCAAAACAAGAAGAGAAAAGCUCAAUCAGCUUUCGCGUUCUUAUAAUGAGAGUUCGAUUGAAGACUAUAUUUUCUCAAGUAUAGUUUGAAAACUAUUCGUUAGGUUUAUCGAUAUCGAUUUAGUUACAGUACCGAACUAUCGAACUUUUGCAAUCAUUAUGCAUUACGUACUUCAACGGACACUGGCAACUGGUCCAGCAGAGCAUUGUUGUCCAUUUUUUGUUAUCAAGUCCCAGUAGUGCCGUAUUUGUUCAUCUUAUUCAUAGAACGAAAAUAUUCUGAAACUGAUCGGUAGGGCUUUUCUAGAGAAAAAAAAAUAGUACAACAGUACAAAUUUCGUUGGUCUGUACACUUUUCUUUGAUUGAUUUAUUCUGCUAUUCAUUUAUACUCAAUUAAUUGCUUUGAAAUAAAAAAAAUAGUAUAUUUUUUAGUCUUUAAUUUUGGAUCCUAGGCGAUCCAUAGCAAAAUUUAAUUCUAAGCGUUUUGUUUCGUUGAUGAUAUGAGUAUGAAGCUAAUUUUAUUUGUUCUCCUGUUUCCAUGUUUCUCAUUGAUUUAUUUUUGCCUUCGUCACUGACCUCCAUCGUAGUCAAUUUUUGUUUUUUAAAAUUCUUCAACUUGUUUUCUAGUUUCUUGCGUAAAAGUAGUCAGUCAAUAGAUUGUUUUCCUUGGUAUGACAGUGAAAUUUUGCAAUAGCUCAAACUCCGAUUCCAUCAAAGAUUUACGUAGUUUAGUUGUUUCUGAAAACAUGUAAACUAAAUAUUGAUUGGCUUUCGUGAUGCUUCCGAGAUAGCGACGCGAAAGAUGAUAAGAAUUAUUACUGUCAACAGGAGACACUGAAGAAGAAGGGAAAAACUAUACAAAUUAUCUCAUUAAAUAGGGAAACUGGAUAAUACUAAUAGAAUGCGGUGGUCGAACACUAGUGGUGAAGCAUGAAAAACUAAGCGUAAUACAUAGACAACACACAACAUAUACAUUUAUACAUAUGAAACUAUAUAUAUUUAUAUACAUACAUAUAGAUAAAAAGCAUAACGAUUGAAUAAAGCUUAACCAUCUAGAAUCAAGAAUACAACUAAUUCACAAGAUGAAACACAUAAGAAACAGUUCAUGUAAAGUUAAGUUUCUAUAUAAGUUAAGAUAAAAUUAAGGCGAGAGAAAAUAAAAUCGGGGAAAACCCAUAAGGAUCGUCAUUAUAUAUUAGUAUACAGAAUAAUUAAAACAAAAAAGAUUGAGCGAAAAGAAAAUCGAAAAACACAAAAAAUUAAGCUUAUAUUACGAACAGUGAGAUGAGUAAGUUAAAGAGUAAGCGUUUAUAUACAUAUGUUUUAUAUAAAACAAAAAAUGCAACAAAAUUAAUCUUCAAGCCACUAAAUUAUUCGAUUUGCGAGCAGGUAACAAAGGCGCGUAUAUGGUUCCGAUGUCAUACAAAGUAACUCACGUGAGCACCUUCAUAGAAUCAAAUAGUGCAUUAAAGGGCAACCGCAGCAGCAGUGCUACUAAUUAAAGUAAAAAAAACUACCUACCUUAGCCAAAACAAAACGCAGCAGCAACAAACGCAUGAAUCAACACACAUACCUUAACAAACAAUGUACGAACCAUUUGGUGUUUAGUCACAGAAACAAAAAAGGAAACCACGCAUUGCAAAUCCACAAUCACCAAUAAAAUUACACACCACUCACCAAAGCAAAACAAACAUAGUGUCGAAGAGGAGUUAGGAGUUGUCCGAGAGUAACGGAGAUCAAGUAGAACAUUGUCCAGCUGUAUACAUAAGGGUAAGACGAAAAAGGAGAAACAAGAAAAAAAAAUCCACAAAAGGCCGUAUCUUUUCUUCGAUUCGCCAGUUCCCCGGGCAGCUGGAUUUGAAUUGUAGCAGGUCGUAAAAACAUACCUACCUACUAACCAAACAACAUGCGAAUAAAGUGCAGUUUGCUAAGUCCAUAAAUUA